AAUUACUUCUUUGUUGCCUUUUCCAUUAAAAUGUUUGUUUUUCAUGUCACAGGCCACAUGUUAGUGCUUCCUAGCUAGGCUCGCCUUUAACUUACUUUUGUUUAUUCCAUUAGAAUAAUAAUAAUGAAAGAGCUGUCACCUUCUUCAUUUCCACUCUCUCAACCUCUCCUUCUUCUUCUGCUUAUUGUUAUCAUUUUCUUCCACCUCGGCGGCUUCUCAAUUCAAGAAAUCGCCAAUCAUCUUCAACUUUGGGUACUCUAAUUCCGACACCGGUGGACUUGCAGCGGGUCUUGGCUUUCCUCCACUAUCUUCUCUCUAUGCAAGUAGACCUGUUCAAUAGACAGGUUGAUAUUUUUCAAUAUAUCUAUACUAUACAAUAGAAAUCUAAGAUGCUUCAUCCAUUAUUUUGGAAUCAUAUCUUUAUUGAUUAUUUAUUAAAAAAAAAAAGUAACUGGAAUUUUAUUGUAAUCAUAGAGCGUGUAUGAUAUUUGUAGUAACUGCCUCUUCAAGAGUACCAUACCCGUUUGACCAAAGCAAUGCAUUGCUGCAAUUCAAGAACUCCGUAUCCAUAAGCAUGCCUGAGCCUACAGAUUAUUUAGAGAGAUAUCCAAAGACAAAUUCAUGGAAAGAAGGUACAGAUUGCUGCUUAUGGGAUGGUGUCAGCUGUGAAUUAGCUACUGGUUAUGUUAUUGAGCUCGAUCUUUCUUCCAGUCCGCUUUGCGGUAACUUGUAUCCCAAUAGUUCUCUUUUCGCUCUUCAUCAUCUUCAAGUAUUAGAUCUCUCUAAUAACAAUUUUAAAGGCUCUAAAAUUCCUUCUCAAUUUGGCCAUUUGUUGAGUCUGACACACCUUUCUCUAGGCUUUUCAAAUUUUACUGGCCAAGUUCCAUUAGAGAUAAGCCAAGUAAUUAAUUUGGUUUCUCUUGAUCUUAUUCGCGAGACCGAUGGUGAUCCCUUAGAAAUGACUGCUGCUGGUCUUAACAACCUUGUUCAAAACUGAACCAAAUUGCAGGUUUUGGACUUGUCCUAUGUAAACCUGUCUUUGGUUUCACCUAAUUCCUUCAUCAAUUUGUCAUCUUCUUUGUCAAGGCUCAGCCACAGUUAGUGUGGCUUGAAAGGAAAAUUUCCAACUAAUAUAAUUCAGAGACCCAAACUCAUAGAGCUUCAAUUGAUCGAUGAAGGCAUCACUGGCUCUUUUCCAAUGUCAAAUUGGAGUCUUUCACUCAGAUCAUUGGCCCUUGGUUUGACUAAAAUUCCAAUAUAUUUGGAAAAUGAAUUUUUCAACAGUCUGAAGUUAUUGGAAGAGCUAACACUCAUGAAUUGCAAUUUUAUUGGGUCUAAUCUUGAGUUGUUUGGUAAUUUAUCCAAACUCUCUAUUUUGAUCUCUCAGACAAUGAAUUCACUGGUCAAAUUCCAUCUUCCAUUGGAAAUCUCAACAAACUCUUGUUCUUGGACCUUUCAUAUAGUAGCUUUAGUGGUUCAAUUCUUUCCACAUUUGCAAACUUGAUCCGGCUAGAAAUAUUGCUUUUGCAUCGUAAGAGUUUUAUUGGGCCAAUUCCUUCCGUAUUUGCAAACUUGACCAAGCUAUCGGUAUUU